AUGUUUUGUAGAUCUUUCUUCUUCCCACAAGUACAUAAGUCUCGAUUUGACAGGAAGAUGGGAUCUUUCUUUCGCUCAGGCCUUGUUUCCCUAAAUCACCAAAAUGGCGGCCAUGCAUGUCCUCUUUUGGUUCAGCACCUGUUUUCUUCUACUUAAUUCGGCCACUGCCCUGCAAUGUUGGAAGAACACUACAUGCAGCGGUCCAACAGACGCUGCAUUCCCGGGGCCGUGGGAAGCAAAUAUCUUCGCACCAGCUUCUAGAACAGUAUCCCCCGUGUCCAUUCUUUCGAAGUCUGGGGAGUUCAUUUCUAAAUUUCUAGGGAUCUCCCAACUAUCGGGGAAUGGCUCCGGGUUGGUAUUUGACUUUGGCAUCGAAGUAGGAGGCUUGGUCACUCUGCACUAUUCGACCACUGGCCAGGGAUCCAUUGGUUUGGCCUUCACAGAAAGCAAGAAUUGGAUUGGAGAAUGGUCCGACUCCUCAAAUGGAGGUUUCAAGGGACCAGAUGGUGCGAUAUAUUCAGCUUUCAAUAACUCGGGUACAUACUCCUAUACCAUGCCAAAUCUUCGUCUUAGAGGGGGUUUCCGAUACCUGACACUUUUUCUCAUCACCAAUGGAACAACCACAGUCGAUAUCACAGAUAUCAAACUCGAGAUUAGUUUCCAGCCCACUUGGUCGAACCUGAAGGCGUACCAAGGAUAUUUCCACAGUUCUGACGAGCUUCUUAACCGAAUAUGGUACAGCGGGGCCUAUACUUUACAGACAAAUGCCGUACCAGUAAAUACCGGCAGACAAGUUCCUUUUGUUGCUAAAGGGUGGGCAAAUAAUGGAACACUUGGCCCUGGAGAUAGCAUUAUAGUCGAUGGUGCAAAGAGAGAUCGAGCUGUCUGGCCUGGUGACAUGGGAAUCGCGGUUCCAUCCACUUUUGUUAGCAUUGGGGAUCUUGGGUCUGUAAAGAACGCGCUGCAAGUCAUGUAUAAUUACCAGAAUCCCACCACCGGCGCGUUUCCAGAAGCCGGACCUCCACUUUUGCAACUGGGUUCUGACACAUAUCAUAUGUGGACAAUGAUUGGCACCUACAACUACAUUCUUUAUAGCAACGACACAACCUUUCUUCAUGAGAACUGGGCGAAAUAUCUUUUGGCAAUGAAAUUUAUUUAUGGGAAAGUUGGCAGCAGUGGACUUCUGAAUGUCACCGGAUUAAGAGACUGGGCAAGAUGGCAGACUGGCUUCAAUGGCUCUGAGCCCAAUAUGAUUCUCUAUCGAACCCUCCUCACUGGUGCGGAUUUGUCGAUAUGGGCUGGAGAUACGUCAAAUCUGAAUGUUACAUGGCAUACCCGUGCAGAAUCGCUCAAAACAGCUAUCAACCAGUACUGCUGGGACCCUUCUUAUGGUGCAUUCAAGGACAAUGCUACGGCAACAACUUUACAUCCUCAGGAUGCAAACAGCAUGUCCAUAUUAUUCGACGUAGUCGACACCUCCGCCAAAGCGGAGAACAUCUCGAGCAAUUUGCUGAAGAACUGGACUCCAAUUGGAGCGGUUGCUCCUGAACUACCAGGAAAUAUCUCCCCGUUUAUUUCUAGCUUCGAGAUUCAGGCUCAUUUCGCCAUCGGACAGACAGCACGAGCGCUGGACCUAAUCAGAAGAAGCUGGGGGUGGUAUAUCAACAAUCCCCUCGGGACUGAGAGCACAGUGAUCGAAGGCUAUCUCGAAAAUGGAACUUUUGGAUACAGAUCCAGUCGAGGUUACGCCUAUGAUUCUUCUUACGUGUCAAACUCACAUGGAUGGUCUUCUGGACCAACAUCUGCUCUCACGGAAUUCAUUGUUGGUCUCAGUGUAACAUCUCCUGCUGGAGGAACUUGGAAAUUGGCACCCCAAUUCGGCGACUUGAGAUUUGCUGAAGCUGGCUUCAUGACGAGCCUUGGGAAGUUCCAGGCAAGCUGGAACCUCAGACGUGAUGGCUAUAGUCUGACUUACAAUGUCCCACGAGGAACGACGGGUGAGAUUGUUCUUCGGUGUCUUUCUGUUGGGAAAUUCCCAAGUAUCACGAUUGAUGGACGUCCUGUUUCACGUGAGGCGAAUCCACAACUCGAUGGGCCUGUUAUACUGUUGAAUGGAGUGGGGGGAAGUCAUACAAUUGUGGUUAGAUGAAAUGGUCGAGCAUUAGAAGAGUUCACCCGCCAACCGCCCAAACCCACUUUCCGCCCAAGCC